AUGAGCGUCACCGCUCAAGCCGGCCUCGCCGGCCUCGACGCGCUCAAGGCCAGACAGAGCCAACUUCAGGCGGAGCGUGCCUCGCUCAAGGUCGAGCUCGCAAAUGUCCAGGCGCUCCCCGCCGACCUGUCCGACGUCAAAUGGCCCGGGCUCGACGAGGAAAACGACAGGCUCGGAAGGGAACUCGCCAGCAUGGAGGACAAGACCGUCAUCUACCGCUCCGCCGGCUGGACAUGCUUCGAGAUCGACCUCGACGUGGGAAGGAGGGCAAGAGAGACGCGCAAGGAGCUCAAACAAGAGCCCGACGACGUCCAACCCAGCAACAACUCUGGCCUGGGUCUCGGCAUCCGUCUCGACACAUUCUUCCGUGGUCGCUACUACGAGCCCUACUACCUCGUCUUUGCUCGCCCUAGCCAGAUGGUGGACGCGCCCAGGCUGGCAGGCACCACGCUGGGCGAGCCAAAUGCAGACUUUCUCGACACUGUCGCCGACGGCCUGCUCUUGAUUCGGCACACGAUGCCGCACUUUGUCCCGCUGGUCGGUCUCCUCGAGCGUUACAUUCCCGCCGUCUUGGACGGCUCGGCCUCCGGUGGAGGCUCUGGCAGCGGGCAACGAAGCGACGGCGGCCUCUCGCUGCUUGCCGACUUCCACAAUCUUCCUGGUGUCGAGGCCUUCCUCUCGGCGCUACACUGUCAUCUCCAGGCGUUUGUCUCCCGCCGAGAGCAGGUCGUUGCUCUCAGCCAGGCCGAGCUUCCCGACAUCGCCAAAGCAGGCGGCGGCGGCGGCACGCCGGCCCCGGCCUCGCUGAACGUUGCUGGCAGCGACGCUUUCGACCUGAUCCGGGUCGUCUGGCAAAUACCGCAGGUCUUCGCUUCGGACCAGGGCAGCGGCGCACAAAAGCCACCUGCUGCAGGCCCCGAUGUCGACCCUGCCACGGCGGAACCUGCCGCCAAGCGCAGACGAGGGGAGGAGCAAGCGGUUCAAUCAGACGUCGACGCGCCAAGGUCAAGCCUCGAAGUGCUGGUUCAUUACACCGAUCGGCGCGCUGACCGCUUGACCGAUCCUACCCUAAAGCCGCAAGACGCACCGUCGCAGGACCCCGGCGAGGAAGAAGUAGCCGAGGGUCCGCCGCAAGAGCCCUUUCAGGGUACCACGAGGCCCUUUGGGCGCGUGCGGGUGGAACUGGUCGUAGCUCCGUCGCUUGUCGAACGGACGAGGGCAGGCACGCGCGAUGCCGGUCCUGCCGCGCUAGAGCCGGGGCGGACGAGGAGAAAGGACCUCGAGGAGCUCUUCGCCCAGGAGGUGGAAGGCGAAGGCUUGGAGCUGGACGAGGCGCUCGAAGUGGUUGCCGAUAGGGUAUGGCAGGAGCGAGGAGGCGACGCAGACAGGAUCCUCGUCCGAAGCCGAAAGAAGCGACCCUCUGCCAGGACGGCACCGGAACACCCUCGUGGCGCCUAUGAACCCGAUCGAAAGCGUCGCCAGCAUCCGCCAGCUCUGCCGUCGGGCAGAUUGAAUCCCGAUCCCUACAGCGACUCUCCACCAAAUUUUGCAGCGCUGGCCGAUCUCUAUCCUUUGACGCUGGGCAAGCACAUCAAGCGUCGAGCGGUGCCUGGCGACGCGGCAGGCUCCCGUGCUGCUUUCGGGCAUGCAGACGCGACGCUCGACUUUCAGGAUGCCCAAGCGGUUCGUUGUCUGUCAGAGACUUUGCUCUACCACGACUUCGGUUUGACGGUCCGACUACACGAGGCGAGACUUUGUCCGACAAUACCGAACAGACUCAACUACAUUCUCUAUCUGCGCAAGGUGCUCGACUGCAGCUCGUCCUGCUCGCGUGUCAUCGCAACGGCCCGCCAGGCACGUUCAGCGGUGAGCCGCGAAGAGGGCGCCGAGCAGCGAGACAUCGACGUGGGCCGCCGGGGGGUCCGCGGACUUGACAUCGGCACGGGUGCCUCUGCCAUCUACCCGCUCCUGGGGUGUGCCGUUGAGCCAGACUGGACGUUUGUCGCGACUGAUAUUGACUCCGACAGCCUGGCGCACGCCCGCCAGACGAUCGAGGAUCCCGCCAACAACCGCAGCGUCGUGGUCUCCAGCUCUAGAACCACGGCGCAGGGCGAUCAGCACGGUCCAGUCACGGUCGACCAUGCAUUGGCACAGCGUGUCCAGCUGCUCCUCAGGAGCAGGGAAGACUGCCUGAUCCCCUCUGACGGCGAGGUGGCCAGCUGGGACGGGCCGGUGAGGUUCGACUUUACCAUGUGCAACCCUCCCUUCUACUUGAGUGAGGAGGACAUGCGGUACAGCGCCAGCUUCAAGACCGCCAAGCCCAACGCGGUCUGUCACGGUAGCGAAAACGAGAUGGUGACCGAAGGCGGCGAGGUGGCCUUCGUGCUGCGCAUGGUCCGGGAGAGUGCGCUCCCCGCCAACCGCCAACGCGUGGGCUGGUACACUUCGAUGCUGGGCAAGCUGUCGAGCGUCUCGGCCGUCGUGGACGGGAUCAAGUCGCACGGGAUUGACAACUGGGCGGUGACGAAGCUCGUGCAGGGCCAGACGGGUCGGUGGGUCGUCUCGUGGUCGUUUGCCGGGGUGCGGUUGCCAGAUAGCCUCUGUCGGCUUCAAGACUCGAAGCUCGAGGCCAGUCUGCCGCCAAGCAACAUCCGGACGUGCUCGUUUGCGGCGAGCCAGUUCGACUCCGCCCUGGCAAUCCUUGAGGCCAUCAAGGCGGUGCUUUUGGGCCUCGACGACUGUCAUGCCGCCGUGGGCGAGGCGGGACGGAGCGUCGACGUGAUGGCGUGGCGACAGUCGUGGACGCGUUCGGCACGACGCCAAAAGGCGAGAAGGCAGGGCGACGCUUCCGCCGCCUCGGCACGGCAGGCGGACCAAGCAACGGGCGAGGAGCAAGGCGCAAUGUCCGAGCCGGAAGUCUGCCUCUCGUUCUGCGUCGAAGCCGGCGGCGGACAGGCCCGUCGUGCCGGGGCGGAGGAGUGGAGGGUCGAGGCGCAGUGGACGUGGGGUCGUAGGCGGGUUGUGUUUGAGUCGUUUGCGGCGCACGUCCUGCGCAAGCUGGCAGACUGGCGCCAAGACGACGGCGAUGCUCGAGGUCGAGGACGAGGACCCUCGACCACAUCAUAG